GCUUCACACUCCAUCCCUGUAGGUGGCGGAAAUUCACCUAAGGCUGGUUUGCCAACCGCCAAUAUAUAUUAUAAAAGAAGAAGAAGAGUAUCGUUUUGUAAUUUAUUUUAGCCACACCCACAAGGCAUUCAACCAAUCACACCCCAUCCUGCAAAGAGACCGCCUUUAUGGUUCCGCGUGCCAUUUAAACUCAAGUACAGCUGUAUGUUUUCGUUUUCUUCAGUGGUCCGAUGGAAGUUUAUUUUAGAUGAAUGGAGGUUCUGGUGAAAAUGUGGAUUUUAUUGCUGCUGCUCUCAGUGUGUUCAGAGACCGUCAUUUGCUACAGUGAUGGAAAAGUUGAAGCGGCUUGUGGGGACAUGACACCCCAACAUGGUCAUGAUCCCAGAACCAAAAACCCUCCAUUUAACCUCACAGCAGACAAAUCCCAAUUCAGCCCUGGAGAUGAAAUCAAAGUGACAUUAUCAAUGGUGCCUUCUUACGAGGGAAAGAAAUACAUCAAAGGAUUUCUUAUAGAAGCAAGAGAUGCUGUCAAUCUCGAUGAAAAAGUCGGAUCGUUUAAGUUAAUCAAUCCUGGAAUAUCCCAGCUUCUUACGUGCGACAGUAAAGAGGGCUCUGCUGUGAGUCACACCGAUAAAUCCCAUAAGACCGAGGUCCAGGUGAUCUGGGAAGCACCAUCUGACUCUCCUUCCACUGUGCAGUUUCUGGUAACUGUUGUCCAAGGCUUUAAAGAAUACUGGGUGAAGAGUCAAGGUCCCGUGGUGUCCCAAAAUGGUUUCACUCCUCCGCCACAAACCAGCUUUGGUGGGUCCAUUGGUGCCCAAACCACCCAAACCACAACUUCCUCAAUACUAUCACGUUCGUUCACUUCUGAGGGCUGUGGAAGCGAGAAGUCCUGUUUGAGAGAUCCAGAGGGCUGUGACCCACAAAACGACAACGCGUGUCACUUCCUGUCUUUUAGGGCAUUUGAAAGUAGUGUGAUGUUUGAGCUCAGUGGACCUGCGGAGGGUUACGUGUCCUUUGCCUUAUCAGAGGACAAAUGGAUGGGGAAAGAUGACGUCUACUUGUGUAUUAGAGACACCGACCGAGUUGAAAUCAAGGCUGCAUAUGUUUCUGGACGGACUCACCCAGAAUACUCUUCACAGAACGUUCUGAAAGACACAGCGUGGAGGCUGUCAGAUGGAGUGAUUCAGUGUAGCUUCCGCAGAGACAUAGUCCUCCCACCUGAGAAUCUGAACAGGUUCAGUCUGGACCAGAUGUACUACCUCUUCAUGGCUCAUGGUCGAGCUGAAGAUGGGCAAACUCAUCGACAUGACCGCCAGCCUCUGAUUUCAACCUAUCAGAGAGUUUUAACGGGACCUCCUGAGGAUCUAACUGGUUCUCGAUCACCCCUGCUCAUGAAAUAUCAUGGGGCUUUCAUGCUGAUCGCCUGGACAUCGACAGUCAGUGCUGGUGUCAUCAUGGCACGAUACUUCAAAUCAGAUUGGCCCGAAAGGAAUAUUUUGGGCCAAAAGGUCUGGUUUCAGUUACAUCGAAUGCUAAUGGCCCUCACAGUUCUACUCACCUUGGGCGGCUUUGUUUUGCCUUUUAUGUACAGGGGAGGCUGGAGCAAGCGGGCAGGAAUACACCCCUAUUUGGGCUGUGUUGUCAUGGCACUUGCUGUCAUCCAACCUGUCAUGGCACUUUUCAGACCUGCACCAGAUGCCUCAAGGAGAUAUAUCUUCAACUGGAUGCAUUUUGGAACAGGAACAGCAGCUCAAGUUGUGGCUGUUGUCACCAUCUUCCUCGGGAUCCAUCAGCAAGCUCUGUUCCUGCCUGCUCCGUGGUCCACAGGGGUCCUGGCAGCCAUUGUGGUGUGGUUUGUACUGGCAGAUUUGGUUCUGGAUGUCCAUCGAAGGGGAUAUUUCUCUAUAGGUAAAUAUUUAAAAAAUGUCAAAAUCUACACUGAACAUAUUAAUUCUGAUGACAUGGAGAUGGUGUUUGUUCCUGAUGAGAAUGAGACUUCUAGUGCGGAAUCUUGUUUUAAAAACAUAGUGCUGGCUAUUUAUCUUUGUGGAAAUCUGGGAUUACUAAAUGUUCUCCUUUGGACCAUCAGUGCAUUAUGACACACUCUCAGCAGUCAUUUACACAUUCACUAAUCAUGCCUAUUUUAAAACAAGCCAAAGAAAUAUAGAGUAGGAUUUAAUUACGACAGACAACCUGUCCAUUUACAUUGGUUAUUAGAAUGAAAUUGUUUGAUUUGUUUUUGGAUUACAUAUGUUCAAUAUAGCGUACCUUUUUUUUUUCUUUUCGUAAAGAACAACUUCUGCUCAUUUAAAUCUCUUCAUGAUUCACUUUUUUAAACCUUUAGAUCUGAAGAACAUCUAUUUUAUUGUGUGAUAUUUGGUGACCGCAUUCAAUUUAGUGUUUACAGAUCAAGUAAUUAUUCUUGAUGCUGUAUUAUAAUUUUUAUUUUAUUUUUUUCCUAAAUAUGAAUUAAUCAUGUUUUAACCACCUUAUUCUUGAUUCUAGUGCCUAAUAUUGGUUUAAAGACUACUUUUUAAAAUUACUGUUGCCUGAAAUGUAAAUAUUAUUAACAAUUUGUCUGUUUUGUACAAAGACUGAAUGUAGUGUGGAUGACAUGGAUCAUUUAUUUGAGUUUUCAAAUAGAUUCAAAUCACUUUUUUAAAUAAAACUUUUGAAAUUAAA